AUGCAGUCGAAGAGGCUUACCACUGAGCCUCCACGUAUAACAGAAGAAGUGUUUGAAGAAUGCUUAGCCACAGAUGAUAUGCUUGUGGACUUCUUUAAUGAAUUUUUGAGUCUUCCAACUUUUGCCCAGCCGGUUAAGUUUAACUCUGACUUUGGGGUUUUUGAAGUAGUUAAUGAUGCCCCACAAUGCCUGGAAAGCCAGCUGAAAAAAAUUCUACAUGAUCAGAAACCUCCAAACCCCAUUUAUGAUGUUCUAAGGAAAGCAAAGAAUGACGGGCAGCUCUCCAAAAUGCGCAGCGCUUCUCCAACCUUCAAUAUUGAUCCAAAUUACAACACUAUGUGUCUUGAUCGAGAACAAGCAAUUCAGUGGAUUAAGAAAGAAAGGCUUCCAGCAUUUCUAGAGAGCGACUGUUACUUUGAAUACAGGCUAGCUAAAUUGAUGUCACAGGUCGAAUGGAGCAAGACUGGCAUUAAUUUCAUUAUAGAUAGUGACUACUAUCCCUGGAUAAGGAAGCAAGACCCAAGUUCUCCUCCUCCCGAGGAGGAUGACACUUCGUUGACUGUGAAGAAGUUCUACAUAUCGCUUGGCCAGGCUACAGUUUCUCAAACAAAGGAUUGGUUUACACUAGCAAAACGAAGUGAAUCCAUGAAAACUACAGAUUCAUUUAUGCAUCCUGUAGCUUCUAACCAAAUUCAAGAUAAUCAGUGUUUGCCUGGGCAGCAUGAAAGAGACCAUUCCUUAAGUGAAAAAGACAGCCUUCUGGGUAAUUUCCUUUCCCCUUCAUGGAUAACAUCAGCAAAAGCCGACAUUAUUAGGGAGAGAUCCAGAGAGGCUGAGGAGGGUUCUUCUGUGGCCAUUGCUGAGCCUCCUUCCUACACUCAGUUAAGAGUUUAUCUAGACCCAAAACAGGACAGUGCAGCAAAAGAAGAAAAUGGACAGGAAAGCACAACUUUUCAGACACCGGAAGAAUUCAUACCAGCUCAUACUCAAUUUGUAAUGAAGGAACCCAUUUCAGAAUGGUCCCACCAGUCAGCUGCUGACAUUGAGGUCUUGGACUCCAAGGGAGACGUAAGAGAACGAGAUACUGAAGAAGUAAGCUUAAGAUCAAGUUCUGAAAGUGAUGGGGCAGACAGUAGGGCUGCCUGGUGUAUUAGUCACAGGACUUACGACACUGGCACCAGACACGAGUUUGAAAGAUUCAAGAAAUUCAUUAAAGGAACACUUGGGGAGAGGUACUGGUGGCUCUGGAUGGAUAUUGAAAGACUAAAGGCUCUUAAGGACACAACAAGGCAGCAAAGGCAACUCAGUAAGAUGAAAAAACUGUAUCUGCUGAGCAGUGGAGACUAUUUCCUCAGUUCAGAAGUGUUACUCAGACUUGAUCUACUGCAUGGAGAUCAGUGGAAUAUAAGGCAUUUAAGACAGAUUCAGCCUGAAGUAGUGAAACCUCUACUUCUUUACUGGGGUCCCAGAUUUUGUGUCACUCAUUCAACAGCAAUAGAAACCGCCAGUGCAAAACUGAAGCUCUGGCACACAUGCCAAGACAGACCAAGGGUGGACAUUGAUCCUUUUCCACAAAUAGUAUCAUUGCUACCAUUGACACUUAAGUCUUCUACUCCAAAUUUCUCUUUGAGGAGGUCAUCAGGAUUAUCACCUACCCUGCCAUCAAGUCAGAGCCCCCCAAGGGAUGACAUUUCUAGCAGUAGAAAGUGGCCAAAGUCAGUGAGCAGAGACAUGAUUCAUUGCUUAGCUUUGGAUGGCACCAAAGACUCAAAAUACCAGGGUCAUAGAAAGUACACCUAUGCUGAGCUGCUCCUGGGGAAAAGUGCUGCUGGCAGUGCUGUCUUAGGGGGAUCAAGAAUGGAAAGCAUGCUGCAGUCUCUUUAUUUGGAGAACAGAGCAGGCUACUACUUCACACACUUCUGUGAGAAGUCAGGGAAUAAGUUGUGGAAGAACAGUGCGUACUUUUGGUUUGACCUACAGGCUUAUCAUCAGCUUUUCUACCAAGAAACUCUUCAUCCUUUUAAAAUAUGCAAGCAAGCUCAAUUCCUUUAUGCAACUUACAUUGCCCCAUCUGCCAAUAUGGACAUUGGACUUCAUCAGAGUAAGAAAAACGUGAUUUAUCAGAAAAUUGACCCAGCUUUUGAGGAUCUUUUUGACAUAGCAGAAGAAUAUAUCCUCACUGUUCUGCUAGAACCGUGGAUGAAGAUGGUGGAAGCAGACAAAUAUGCUUAUGGAAAGGUGGAGUUGGUGGAAGAAACUCGACAGCUGGACUCCAUGUACUUUAGAAAGCUCCAGGCUUUGCAUCAAGAGAGUGGUUCCAAGAAGGAUGAGAGUACUGUUGCUGACGCUGGUCUGCCAUCCUGCCUUGAUGCUCUCAAAGAAGAUCAGCACUUGCGUCAAGUUCCCAAAGAAUUGGCAGGUACUAAUCUAUCCGACCUGAUCCAUGACAAAGAGAAGUUAGAACAGUUCUGGGAUUUUCUUAAUGAGCAUUCUGCUGGCAUGGAUCUCAUGUGCUGGCUAGAUAUUGAACAGUUCAGAAAGAUGCUCCACAAGGAUAAAGAAAAAAGGGAGGAAAAAUCUAAAGACAUUAAAAACAAAUACUUAAACAAAAAAUACUUCUUUGGACCCAACAGCCCAGCUACCAGAGAACAACAAGAACAGCUAAUGCAUUCAGGUGGAGGAUGGGGACAAAUCCUUCAUGAUCGACUUUCGGCAGCGGUUCUGCUAGAAAUUCAGCAAUGCAUCCAGAAGAGAUUAGAAAAACAAUGGCUGCCAUUGUUCCUGGCAGAUGAACACCGUGGGUCAGAGGGACAAGCAGAGCAUGUGGACAAUAAAUGGGUUUCUUCAUCUAGUGAAAUAAUUGCUUUCCGCAAAGCGCUCUUGAAUCCAGUGACAGCAAAUCAGUUUCAAUGCUUUGUGUCACUGAAAGGAGACCUACUGGAGAAUGGAGUGCUCUUUUGGCAGGAGGUUCAGAAAUAUAAGGACUUGUGCCAUUCUCAUUGUGAUGAUGCCACAGUUCAGAAAAAGAUCACAGCUAUUAUCGACUGCUUUAUUAAUUCUGCUGUACCCCCAGCUUUGCAGAUUGACAUCCCAACUGCACAAGCAAAGAAGAUUCUGGAGCACGGGAAAGAACUAGGACCUUACAUUUUUAGAGAAGCACAGAUGACAAUUUUUGCUCUUCUGUUUAAAUUUUGGCCAAAAUUUUGUAAGUUUCGGAGCAAUUUGGCUAGUGACAAAAUUCUAUUUGCCUUGGAGAGAAAAAAGGGAAAAAAGAUGCGAAAGAAGGAAGGCAAAACAGCAGAGGGUAAAGAAGUGGGGACAAAAGUCAUCAGUCUGUCAAACAGUGCUUUGGUAGACAAGAUUGGUGUGGCAAGAGGACCAGCAUCAUUUUCAAAUGGAUAUGGGUGGCAGGCUUCCUGGUCCUAUUCCAAGUACAUAGAAGCCUUGGAGCAGGAGAGAAUACUUCUUAAAAUGCAAGAAGAUCUGGAUAAAAACUCAUCAUCAUUCCUUACAGGUGCUUCAUCUAUGUCCUUCCUGAAGCCUGGAAACUCCGAAAAAUCCACCAUUUCUCCAAAGAGUAGUGUGAGUUUGGAGAAACACUCAAAUCUUCCCAAGAAACAGAAAGCAGAUUAAAAUCUCUCUGAAGAAGGGAAUGCAAAGAUAUUCAACGGAGGUGGGCAGGAGACACAAAAAUAAUGUGCAUGCAAGGUUUGUCCAUAUGUAUCCAGAGCGAAGAUGAUGACUUGGAAUAUUAUUAAGAACCAUGGGACA